UUCUUAACCUAGAACUGGAGUAUUUGAAGUUUGAAAUAAUAUAAAUAACAGAAGUUAUGUUUUUAUUUGAUUGAAAUGGCUAUUUCCGAAUAUACCAAUAACAUUGUGGAAAUUACGAAUAUAUUAACUGAUGAAGAAAUUAAAUCUUUAGCGACAACCAUAACAGGUGGACUUCUCAAAAAUAAAAUCAAUUCUAGAGAAGAUACACUGAAAGCAAUUUUAAAUUACUCAGGUGAUAUACGUAGCAUUCUUCGAAGGAAAGUUUUUACAAGGGAAAAAUUGUUAUCGUACCUAUAUGACAAAAAUGUUUCUGUAAUAUUACCAAUCACAAAACAUGAUAUCAUAGAAAAGAUUUUGGAAUUUUGGGGUUGUGGUAAAUUUACAACAGAGGGACGUACUCAAAUUAUUGAAAAAGAAUAUAGUGAUGAAUUAUCCAGUGAUGAAGAAACUAAUAUUGUGAAUAGGGAAAUAUUGCAGGCCAGUUCUUCUAUAGGUUGUAGUAAAUCUACAAGGGAUGAACACCACAUGUGUAAAAACAGUGACCAACAAAUUAUUGGAAGAACUUAUACUGAUGAAUCUUCAAUUAUAAAGGAAUCAAACCAGGAUAUUGAUUAUAAUGUUUCAAAAACAGUUAAGCUUUUAGCUGAACAAUUUAGUGAUUGGUUCUACAAGUUAUUAAAUGCAAAUGAACUUUCCCCUGAGCAUUUCUUUCCAGAUGGGGUUUUAAAUCUAGUACUUGCAUUGAAUGGGGAUGUAAAUACUAAAAAUGUUUGCAAUGAUCCCAUAGCCCUAACAGAUACUUUGAUCAGUGUGAAAAACCAGUUUAAUUUAUUCUUCAAUCCAAAUUUAAUGGAAGAGUGUUUGAAAACACAAAUGGAUCCUCAUGGAUUAGUUAGUAUUAUAGUUGGAGGAACUUUACAUAUCAACAGUGUUUGUGUUGGUGUCUUUGAACAAAUGUUUGCUUUAGCUAGAGAUCCCACUUCAGAAAAUAAUUGGAAAAUUAAAAGAACUGAUUUACGUUUAACUAAUGGCAGCAGACUAGGUAAUUCUGAAAUUGAAGAUUCAGAUUGUAAAAAGAUUUUAUAAUACCUUGAAGAUUAUUGACUUAUUAUAAUAUUUAUAUGUGUCAUCGAUAUUUGAUAUCAAUUUGUAUACCUAAAAUAAUCAAAAUCAUUGUGUAAAUUGUCGAAUACUUUUCACUCUGGGUCAACUGACUAAUAGGGUAAUUUGAAUUUUUGUAGAGCUAAAUGACAUAAUUAGUUCGCACUGGUGCAGCCAGCCGGAUACGUUAUUCAAAUAAUAAUCUCAUGAUAUAUUUUAGUCAAAUAUAAAUUCCGUUUUUUUGUUAAGUCUGAAAAAUCAUUUUGAAUUCUUAAUAUUCUGUAGUAAAUGAAUAUUAUUUUGCCCUUUUUUCAUUUUCUCAAAAGUUGCUUUUUGUAAUGCAAAGUUUCUAAUUCAUUAUGAUAUUGUAAAUAUGUUUGAAAAAAUAUAUAAUUUGAGGUU